AGUGCCAGAUGCCCAGGCAUUCGAGGCAUAGCUGUGGCUCAGUUACCUCGUGCCCCACGCGCUCCGAUACCCCUGGCUGCCCAAGAUGCAGCCCUAGCGGGUCUUGAGUGCCUCCUUCGUCGUUGCGGAGAGGUGUGUCCCGCCCACGCCCACAUGAGGCGUCAUGGCCGCCCACACACCACCGUGACACACACGUGUAGCAGUGAAGUGUAGUGAUGGCGGGUGUGUGGCAGGCCGCCGUGUGUAGGUGACCACAGCCCUACACCUCUACACCCUCCAUUCAGUGUUGUGUAUCGCUCUAGUGUCUUACUCAAGUGCUUGUUAUUUCCUCCCGCUGCCGAGCAGUUGGACCCUGCCAGUUAAGGUCCGUCUUGUGACUACCAUUAAAGUGUUUGCGAGUGAAGGGUCAGGUAAUCAGGGCCCGGCUUGAGUGCCCGCCAGAGAAGGGCCAUCAGAGGACCCGCUAGUGAGGGCCCCGUCAUUGAGGGCCCCAGGUAAAGGCCCAGCAACGGAGGCAUGGUGCCGGCGCCCCCCGAGGCGUGGAGCGCCAUGGGCGGCGGGGGCGGCGCCUCCAGUGCGGCAUCAAUGAUGGGCGGAAUUGAGGGUAACGUGGGCGGCGGCGCGGGCGGCGGGGGCAGCCUGGCAGGAGGGGCGGGCUCGGCUCAGCUGCUGAACUGGGUCUACCUCACCCUCGCCGACCACCACAACCAGCAGGCGGGGGGCGCCGCCCACCACAACCCCCCACCACCCAUACACACCUCCCAGAACAAGAUGAUGGCCAACGGGUGGAAUGCCCUAGGAAUGGGCGGUAGUGGCGUGGGCGGCAGCUCAGGCAUGGGCGGCAUAGGCUCAUUACCACCCAGCUCUCUAGGCUCGCUGGCCGGGAGCAGUUUGGGUGGGCUUGGCGGCAACAUGGGCAUGAUGGGCGGCAGCAUGGGUGGGUUGAACACCCUGCUGAACGGAGGUGGUGGUCUGAGUAGCGGGCUGCUCAACGGCCUGGCUGGCCUCACGCCCACCGACAUAUCCGCCCUCACCUCCCUCACUGGCACCAUCAAUGGCAUCAAUGGCAGUUUCAGCAAUGGUCUCAACGGCGUCAACAGUCCUGUCAACAGCAACAGUUUGAACGGCAGUAUAGGAGAGCUGGCAGACCAACUCAACGACCUCACACUUGGGCUGGACAAGAAGGCGAAGGGCAGGAAGCUCCCGCCCAACUACCUCUGUCACCUCUGCUUCAAGAAGGGCCACCACAUCAAGGAGUGCCCCCAGGCGCGUCCCAAGGGCGAGGGUUUGACCCCGUACCAGGGCAAGAAGAGAUGUUUUGGAGAGUUCCGGUGCACAAAGUGUAAGAGAAAAUGGAUGAGCGGCAACUCUUGGGCGAACUGCGGGCAAGAAUGCAUCAAGUGUCGCAUUAAUGUCUACCCUCACAAGCAGGUCCGUGCCGCCUCCCUCUCCCCAAGAUCCAUUGGUGAGUGCUGGAGUGACGUGUUUGUCGUCCACAGCGACCCCUGGACAAGCCGGACGGACUCGAUGUGUCGGACCAGUCCAAAGUGCACCCGCAGCACCUCUGCGAGAAGUGCAAGAGCCUUGGCUACUACUGCAGGAGGGUCAACUAGCCUCCCACGGCACCACCAGGAGGAAGAGGAACAGCAGCAGCGGCGGCACUCGUCUUCGCCCACUCACCCACUCAUUCACUCAUCUUGUGACGUUCUCCCUCACAACUUGGCAACUCCUCCGUGUGGAUCAGAUUACGCGCCCUGGUCAAGACGCUCGAGCACUGCCGCCGCCAUCACAAACUACCGCUCUGCUUCACCCCACAUGGCAGCGGGCAAAAGAGAAUACACUAGCUUUAGUAACUUGUUGUUUGGGCGGGGCACGUCCGAGGGUUGUGGAGGGGAGUGGAGGGGUGACAGUAGGAGGGGAGUGGAAGGGUAAGAGGACGGGGGAGCAAUAUAAAAGUUGUUAUAGUUGUCAUAAACGCUCAGAGCGUUUUCUGUGGACCCACCUUGCCUCUACCUUAUCCUUAUCUUCACUUUUCCUCACCUCUUCACCACCCAGUCUCCCAUUUACCACCUCACCCCGUCCACCCCCUGCCUCUUCCCUCACCCCUGUCAGGGUACCACAGUACAAGACCUCUGCCACAAUGUGUAGCUCUCUAAACUAUUUUUUUUCACUCAUUUUCAUUGUUGAUACAUGGCGUCCAGAAGCCUCAUGUUGGCAGCGUUCUGUGGUGCCCACAGUGUUCCUGUGGUGCUGUAUAUAUACUUCACAUCUAUACAUAUACAUAUCUAUACUGUAUGUAUACUUCACAUCUAUACUGUAUGUAUACUUCACAUCUGUACUGUAUGUAUACCUUCAAAUCUCUCACCUCCUCUAGUGUAUGUAUACUUCACAUCUCUCACCUCCUAUAGUGUAUGUAUACUUCACAUCUCUCACCAAUAGUGUAUGUAUACUUGACAUCUCUCACCUAAACUGUAUGUAUACUUCAAAUAUCACACCUCCUAAACUGAAUGUAUAAUACUCGUGAGUUCAUUUUUGUCUCUGCAUAAUGUAUGCCAAUGAUAGCGAGGUAUGAUAACUCGGGUAUGAUAUAUGAGCUUGUAUGUUAAUUUACAAAGCGGCCGUUUUGUGUAUAACUAUAUAUUCGUUGUGUAUUAAGUUAGGUCUAUGCUGGUAGGUAGAGUGAAAUACAGAAUAUGUAUUUUCAGGUUUGAAUUGUAUUGUUCUAGUAUGUUUUGAGUGUAUUGUUGUUCAUUUUCUUGAAGUAGUUGUGUGUGUAUAUAUGUAUGUGUGUGUGUACUCACCUAGUUGUGCUUGCGAGGGUUGAGUUUGGCUCUGUGGUCCCACCUCGGUGUGUGUGUGUGUGUGUGUGUGUGUGUGUGUGUGUGUGUGUGUGUGUGUGUGUGUGUGUGUGUGUGUGUGUGUGUGUGUGUGUGUAUAUGUGUAUGUGCGUGUGUGUGUGUUCUGUACCUCGCCGAUCUGGUGUCGGCUUCGCUGAAGACUGGUGCUAUUAUCUAUUAAGGACAAGAGAGGGUGUCUUCCUGGGUGACGUUGAGGCGCUAGGCUACUGAAACAGUGACUCUCCACGAGCGUCGCUGCCAUUCAACAAAAUAUUAAUUAACAGAUGUCGGCAAUGUUAUAUGACAGUGUAUUAGUCUGCAUAUGUAAGUUGUAAUAUCAAGCGUCGUAUUUCACAGACUAAGAGAUUACUGGCUGCCGAUGACGCAUAUUCAGUUUUAACAGCCUCAACUCAUAGUACAGUAAGCAUUCCUCGGUUGUAAUUUUGUAAAUGCUAUAUACGAAAUAUUUUGCUCUCACCUUUUCAAACUUCCUCAUUUUACGUGAUAAGCUUACUGGUUGCUAUGAUAUUUUCACCAAUGACAGGACAUGUAAUGGUAAAACAAAAUACUUUCUCGGUAUUGUCAGAUCUUCUUUUAGCAAGAAUUAUUUAGACGAGAUUUUGGAACACGGCCAGUUAGUGAGCUGCGAUGUUAGCGGAUCUAGACCUUCAAGGCUUCAUAGAAACUGCCGGGUGACUUAACUGGAGCAUUAUCUAAGAACACCGAGGCCCUAGAGAUGGUCGGAAGCGUACUUGGUCUACAGCACUUUUAAGUACUUUUAACAAUUAUGCAAAAAGAUCAUUUGAACCAUUAGUUUGUAUCGCGAGCUGCACAAUGAUUUUAUACUUGCCUUAUAAUAUGAUGACGCGAUAUCAACAACCAAAUUAGCGAUUUUUAAUAUAUACGGAUAAAUGGCGACAUUUCUUGUUAAAGGCGUUUCUCGGACCCUGUCACCUGUACGAUCAACUCCACACCUCAGUCACAAGUGGUUUGUUGGUGUGUUGAAUAAUCACAGCAUUUCUCACACUUCCCCAGAUAUUGCAUCUCAUUUUUGCAUCAUGAAGCACGGGCCAGCCAAUGAAAAUAAUCUGCGUAGGCUUUCAAUCCUUUCGAGACUGAAUUCAACUUUCGAGACUGAGACUUUCGAGAAUUCGACUCCCAGACUCAUUAAACAGUACUUCCAACUGGUGCCCGCCUCUUGCUCAACUCUUAUAAGCGAAUGCCGAAUACUUCUGCUUAAAAUGUCAGAAUCCCUAAUGUUUCUUGCACGUAUGCGAGUCUUAUUUUGCACCUGAGCACAUAUUGUUAAAUAAUUAUACCAAGUCAUAAGGAAAUAAAACAAUUUGUUAAAUAGAGUUGAUUUAUGCUGGCGGCAGCUCUUGUGCCAAUGUUUUGUUUGGUGGUGACGUCAUCAAGCUCAUCUUCAAGACCACAAUCUGCGCUUUACUUCAAGUGGAAGUCCACCACCCUGUGUUUACCAGUGGUGUACCACCUUGUGUUUACCAGUGGUGUACCACCUUGUGUUUACCAGUGGUGUACCACCCUGUGUUUACCAGUGGUGUACCACCCUGUGUUUACCAGUGGUGUACCACCGUGUGUUUACCAGUGGUGUACCACCCUGUGUUUACCAGUGGUGUACCACCCUGUGUUUACCAGUGGUGUACCACCUUGUGUUUACCAGUGGUGUACCACCCUGUGUUUACCAGUGGUGUACCACCCUGUGUUUACCAGUGGUGUACCACCUUGUGUUUACCAGUGGUGUACCACCCUGUGUUUACCAGUGGUGUACCACCCUGUGUUUACCAGUGGUGUACCACCUUGUGUUUACCAGUGGUGUACCACCCUGUGUUUACCAGUGGUCCAUCACCCUGUGUUUACCAGUGGUCCAUCACCCUGUGUUUACCAGUGGUGUACCACCUUGUGUUUACCAGUGGUCCAUCACCCUGUGUUUACCAGUGGUCCAUCACCCUGUGUUUACCAGUGGUCCAUCACCCUGUGUUUACCAGUGGUCCAUCACCCUGUGUUUACCAGUGGUCCAUCACCCUGUGUUUACCAGUGGUCCAUCACCCUGUGUUUACCAGUGGUCCAUCACCCUGUGUUUACCAGUGGUCCAUCACCCUGUGUUUACCAGUGGUCCAUCACCCUGUGUUUACCAGUGGUCCAUCACCCUGUGUUUACCAGUGGUCCACCACCCUGUGUUUACCAGUGGUCCACCACCCUGUGUUUACCAGUGGUCCACCACCCUGUGUUUACCAGUGGUCCACCACCCUGUGUUUACCAGUGGUCCACCACCCUGUGUUUACCAGUGGUCCAUCACCCUGUGUUUACCAGUGGUCCACCACCCUGUGUUUACCAGUGGUCCACCACCCUGUGUUUACCAGUGGUCCACCACCCUGUGUUUACCAGUGGUCCACCACCCUGUGUUUACCAGUGGUGUACCAAUUUGUUGAUAACCUAGACCAGUAAAGAAAAGUGUUCACCAUUUUCCUAUCAAAUACUUGCAUAAUGAGAAUAACCCAGAUGGCUGACGCACUGGUCUAGCGGGUGUCACGCACUGGUCUAGUGUGACGCACUGGUCUAGCGGGUGUCACGCACUGGUCUAGCGGGUGUCACGCACUGGUCUAGCGGGUGUGACGCACUGGUCUAGCGGGUGUGAAUUAUCAUGUUUGGUCCUUGGAGUGCGUCAUGUCCAUAGUAUUCCCCCUAGAAACCAGUAGCUUAUUAUUCUUUGGGCAGCAACUAUCACUAAGGCGAAGACAUAUUUCCCCCCAACGCGCAGACUGAGGGGAGUGGAGGUGGGUGAGUAAGGGGCUGAGCUGUGGCUGCCAGGGGUACAGGCUAAAAUUAACUUCGUUUGCCUCUCCGUGGCCAAAUUUCCUCCGUCUCUUUCCCGGCAGUCGCGCCUCGAGAAGGCUGACAAUAGACCCAUACAUAAUGUCGCAUCCACUUAGCUUAUGUAUACAGUAACUGGAAAUAAAUGUACAGGAUGUUUGUCACGUCUGAGGCUGUCGAGAUGCCUAGUGCCAAGGGCAACUUAUCAAAACACACAUGCACGCACUCUCACUCAUUCAAUAAUAUCACA